AUGCGGCGGAUCACACUCUUCAUACAGUUUGCCGUCAACAAAAAGCUUGUCUCGUACCAUUCUGGUUUUAUGUCCAGCUUGUCUGGCUUUCUUAGCGACUGGGGUACGUUGACGACGUCAGAGACAAUGACCACGUCAGCACUAUCAACGGCACUUGCCGGCAUCACCAUGGCCAAUAAUUCAACACAAGACACUGUCUUCGGCUCUGGCAACUCCAGGGGCUUGUUCACGGAAUCCCCCGAAGGUUCCAGUAUAUCGGACAUGAAUUUUACCAUGGCGAUGAGCCCGAACGUUACGGAGAACACAUACGGAUUUCUUGGCCCACUGGAACGUUUCGACAUCGUCUGGGUGGCGUACUACCUUAACCUAAACUACCUGUGGGUUAUCUUCGGCUUCGGUUUCCCUGGAAACUUGGCCUGUCUCAUCACCAUACUGCGCAUGCCUCCUCUCACGUCAUCGACGACGUACGUGGCAGCACUGGCGAUCACGGAUAACUUCGCCAUCGUCAAUAAACUCGUCUACCACCAGGUGACGCUUCACGACAUCGACGUCGGGGCCGGCGGAUGCAAGGCGCUGUUUUUCCUCGGUAGCUUCUUUGCCAUGUACCCAAACUGGAUCCUCGUUGCCAUGACGGUGGAGCGAUUCGUCGCCAUAUGGUUCCCGCUGAACGUGAGUACGAUCUGCACCAAGAAGAAAGCUGUGAUGACCCUCCUGAUCGUCGCCAUGUUCCUCCUGCUGGCAGACGUCUGGUUCCUGUUCUCGGCCACCUUCAGUUACCACAAGCUCACCGGAUUCGACUGCGGGUUUCUCCCCGAGUAUUCAGACUUUCUCAAAUACUACUGGUACUGGAUAGACGGACUCCUGUUCGCUAUCCUGCCUUCGAUAAUCCUCGUGAUAUUCAACGUGUUAAUCAUCCACGGAAUUCGCCGAUCGGCUCGUGUGCAGAAGGACCUGACGAACAACAAGAACGAUCAUAUGGCGGAGAAGUUCCGCCAGCAGCGUCAAAUAACCAUCAUGUUGGUCGUGGUGUCCGUGACGUUUGUCAUCCUCAACCUCCCAAACUGUAUAUUCUUCAUCCUGAAAGCCUAUUGGAAGUACGAGGAAAACACGUUCGACCACGCCGUAUACAUGCUGAUCAAUCAGAUAAUCUUCAUCCUGUCCGACUCCAACAACGCCAUCAACUUCUAUCUCUACUUCUUGUCGGCCAGGAAGUUCCGGAUGCGCUUCGUUCAGAUUUUGACGUGCAGGAGGCCGAAGCCUCCUCGAUCGUUCACGACGAUCACGCGAACCGGGCACAGCAACGUCAACGUCUCGAACACGUCGUUGUACAGCGCCGGCAACAUGAAUCUGGGCAACGGCGUGCCUGGCGUGUACACUGUCGCCUCCACCAACAACAACGCCAAGGCUAGCAGUAGCUUUUAA